CCGGAAGCGCGCGCCGACCUGCGGAGCGGAGACCGGGGGCGACUGGCUCGCUCGGCAGGCGCGCGCACCGCCGGUGCUCACAGGUGGGCGACUCCGCCCGGCGCGCCCGAGCCCGCCGUGCAGGGUCGGAGGCGCAACCGCGCCCAGGGGAGCGGGUCCUGCUCCCAGUCCCCGCCUCUGUCGGAGGGCAGGCGUUGGCGUUAAUGAGAAGCGAAGAUGUGUUUACAGGAUGUGAGUUGAGUUCUCUCCACCUUUACCUUCCGAGAGCUUCUUCUUAUGCCUCAUGGUGACAGGUACAAAUCUUUACGCUAAAAGGCAAUAUGAAGCCAGUAAAAAAAAAGAAAACCGAAGAGCCUGAAUUGGAGCCCCUGUGUUGCUGUGAGUACAUAGAUCGAAAUGGGGAAAAGAACCACGUGGCUGCCUGUUUGUGUGAUUGUCAGGACCUCGAUGAAGGCUGUGACAGAUGGCUUACCUGUAAAUCACUUCGGCCGGAGACGUGUGAGAGAAUCACGGAUACGAUUUCUGAUCGCCUCCGAAUUCCUUGGCUCCGAGGAGCCAAAAAAGUCAAUAUCAGCAUCCUCCCCCCACUCGUGCUCUUGCCGGUUCUGCUCCACGUGGCUUCCUGGCACUUCCUGCUGGGGGUGGUGGUUCUGACCUCCCUGCCCAUGCUGGCACUGUGGUACUACUACCUCACUCACAGAAGGAAAGAGCAGACGCUGUUCUUCCUGAGCCUCGGUCUGUUCUCCCUGGGCUACAUGUACUAUGUGUUCUUGCAGGAAGUGGUCCCCCAAGGGCACGUAGGGCCCGCUCAGCUGGCCCUUCUCACCUGCGGGUUAUUUCUGAUACUCUUAGCCUUGUACCGAGCCAAGAAGAAUCCAGGCUACCUCAGCAACCCAGCAUGCAAUGACAAAUCCCCCAGCAACAGCCAAAUCGAAUGCCCGAUCAAAAAAGGGCAGGAGAAGACCAAAGGGUUCCCCGGCACAGAUACCUCGGGGAGCCUCAACAACCGCACACUGAAGGACGAUGCUAAGGGCUCCUCCAGGGUGGGGCUUGACAGCCCCGCCAAAUCGAAGGAAGACUGGUGUGCCAAGUGCCAGCUAGUGCGGCCUGCCCGGGCGUGGCAUUGCCGGAUAUGCGGUAUCUGUGUGAGGAGAAUGGAUCAUCAUUGUGUCUGGAUAAACAGCUGCGUCGGAGAAUCAAACCAUCAAGCGUUUAUACUUGCUCUUUCCAUCUUCUUGCUCACUUCGGUUUACGGAAUAUCGCUGACCUUGAACACCAUCUGUAGGGACAGAAGCCUCUUCACAGCCCUCUUCUACUGUCCUGGAGUUUACGCUAAUUACAGCUCAGCUCUGUCCUUCACCUGCGUGUGGUACUCGGUGAUCAUCACAGCCGGCAUGGCCUACAUCUUCCUCAUCCAGCUGAUAAACAUCAGCUACAACGUGACGGAGAGGGAAGUGCAGCAGGCCCUUCGGCAGAAGACCGGGCGCCGGCUCCUCUGCGGGCUCAUUGUGGACACGGGCCAGUACAACAGGGGCUUCCUGCGCAACUGGUUCCAGUUCUCCACCCUAGGCACACGCACAGUCCACACCCCCGCCGAGGACAUUGUCUAAGUGCCUUCCAUGCGGCCCUGCGGGACAUUCCUCGCCGUCCUUCCUGUUCACGUCAGUAUCCAUGCAGGACUCAUCUCCACCACCCACUUCUCGGAAGUACUGCCGAGCUACGCUCAGGUUUGGAGAGGACCGAAGGAAGGGUAACUUCUUCUGCCUUUAUAACUCAUGGGAGUUUUACUGAAGCAGCAAGAGUAGCCAUUCCUUUCCUGUCCCCUUGCUGACUCAGGCACCAGAAGCUGCAAAGAGGCUGUGGUCACACAACUGUCCAUAUGAGGAAGGAAGUUAGUUAGAAUGAGGAUGUUCCUAGUCCUCCGUUCCAUUUCUAAUAGCCAUGUGACCCCUCGGUCGAGUCACUUUCCCAAGUCUCAGGUUCAUCUGUGUGGGGGCUUCUGCUGCCUGGCUACCUCAUGGAGCAGCCAUGAUGGCCACCUGAGGCGGGCUGUGGAGUUCAACUCCAGCACUCGGGGGAGUCAGGCAUUGUUAGAAAAUGCCUUGGACUGAAGCAGACUGCUCAUAGGUCAGAAUAUUGAAGCCAAUACUGUUAAGACAAUCAGUUUGUACAGUUAAGGAAAUUCUCCAUGUUAGACCUGUGAUUACAGGUUAGUAACAAACAAGAGGGUUGAUACUAGUAAUCUCGUCUUGAGAAGGACAGCUGAUGAAAGUAUCUGUGCAAUGUGUAGUGGGCAGGAAUUUAGGUGACGAAUAUAUUUGUUAAUGUAUCAUUUUAUAUUUAUUAUACUUCUUAACUAAUUUUCCCCCUUCCACGUUUUCCCUGGCACUGGCACACGGGUGGUUGUGGUUGGACGGAGAGGAAACUGUCCUCCGAGAACAUUUCCCUUUGUGGCUGUGGAGGCUGAUUAAUAUCAAGGGCUUGAUUUUUUAUUAUUAUCCAUGUAUUUUCAGUGCUGUAAUGUUUAGAGCACUAAAUGGGAACAUCAGCCUGGAUGAACUCUCUCCAGGGUGACUGACACCUUCCCAUAUCCACAUGGCUGCUCAUUCGUCCUCCCUACGAACAUGCAUCUCACAGGAGAGAACAGGGUACACGCGCUUCCCAGCACUGAGCAGACACUGCUUUCUAGCUCUUCCCCCUACUAACGUGUUCCUCUGUGUCUCAGAACUGAAACUUGGGGACGUCUACACAGUGGGCCCUCUUUCUGCCACAGAAACGGGAGCUCCAUCGGAGGAGAACUCCAUCUUGAAGUGUCUGUUUUUACACAUGUACUGUUUCUGGGAUCCCAAAGAUCAAAGAUAAUUUGUGAGACCUUAA